GUAUUUAGCAUGACGGGAUCUCGUCACUUCGGGACUGUACCAGUUUGACGAUAAACCCGAAAAUUACCGUGCUUGGCUCUCCACAUUCACCAACGUGAUUGACGGGGUCCAGCUCAGUGCAACCCAAAGGUUGGACCUUAUGGCGAAAUGGCUGGGGAAAGAAUCACGCGACCAGGUGAGACGCAUGCGUUCAGUGUACAUCAACAAACCUGAGCUAGCCUUAAGCGAAGCGUGGGAGAGACUUUGGGAGAGAUAUGGGGCCUCCGACAUUAUUGAAGCGGCGCUAUAUCGACGUCUGGAAAACUUUCCUAAGGUGUCAGCCAAAGAUCACUUUAAGUUAAGAGAAUUCGGAGAUUUACUCAUGGAGAUCCAAGGCACCAAAGAAGAUGGCUAUUCAGCUGGUCUAGUAUUCCUAGAUACUCCAUCCGGGAUUAGACCAAUUGUGGACAAACUUCCAUUUGGGCUGCAGGACAAGUGGCUGACUGUUGCCUCAGAGUACAAGGAAGACCACGAUGGUCGAUUUCCUCCCUUUGAGCUCCUCACUAGGUUUGUGUGCAAGGAGGCGAAGAGGCGAAACGACCCUAGCCUUGUAGGUCCAGGAAGCAGUUCGAUUUACACCAAGCCAGGCAGAUCCGUUUCGAAUGUUUUCAACAUUGAUAAACCCGUGUCAGUGCUCAAGACCGAAGCCCUUACAACUAACAACGACCCUGGCAAGUAUUGUCCAUUGCAUAACAAACCUCACCCCCUGAAAGCAUGCAGAAUGUUUAGGGAAAAACCCCUUGAAGAGAGGACGGCUCUUCUCAAGGAGAAAAGAAUAUGUUUUAGAUGCUGUUCCUCAACCUCUCACCACGCCAGAGAGUGUACGAUCGCCGUGAAGUGUCCGGAAUGUGGCAGCCCAGAUCACGUCGAGGCCAUGCAUCCCGACCUGUCACCACAAACCGAGAGCGCUCCUUCACCCCCACAACAGGACGGCGGGGAGGGAGAGGCUCACUCUAGGUCAAUAGCUGUCAGCACGAACUGUACAGAAGUUUGCGGUCAAGCUCAGUCAAGUCGUUCUUGUUCCAAGAUCUGCCUCACUAAGGUGUACCCUAAAGGAGCCAAAGACAAGGCCAUCAAAGCCUAUGUGAUUCUGGACGAUCAGAGCAAUCAUUCACUAGUCAGUCCAGAGUUCUUUAAAUUGUUCAACAUUGAGAGUGAGCGGUUCCCAUACUACCUCAAAACUUGCUCAGGCAACAUGGAAACCCAAGGAAGGAAGGCAGAAGGCAUCCAGAUCGAGUCCCUGGAUGGUAAAGUCGUCAUCUGUCUCCCUCCGCUCUUAGAGUGCAAUGAAAUCAUGAAUAACCGCGCUGGGAUCCCGACACCAAGUGCGGUGCUACACCAGCCUCAUCUCCACCACAUCGCCAAACACAUCCCAGAACUGGAUCCGAAAGCGGAAAUACUCCUGCUAUUAGGAAGAGAUGUUAUCCAGGUACACAAGGUUAGGCAGCAGAUCAAUGGACCACUCAACGCCCCCUUCGCGCAACGUCUGGAUCUGGGCUGGGUGGUGAUAGGAGAGGUGUGUCUCGGUGACGUACACAAACCGAUGGUUAACACACUCAAGACCAAUGUGCUAGAGAGUGGCCGCCAUUCAAUCUUUCAACCCUGCCCGAGUGUCCCGUGCAUCAAAGAAGCACAACAAGACAUUACCAAGCGUAAAGUAACCGACGAGACGCUAGGUCAGUCAGUUUUCGUUCAAACCGAGCACGGAAACAAACUUGCACAAUCAGCUCAAGAUACCAUUUCUUUAAGACCCAAAGACACCAAGGUCUUCAGAGAUGGAGCAAAUAAUGGGGUUGCCCCAUUGCCUAUCAGAGAACCAUGCCAGCGCUCACCAGAUAACAAAGAGCAGGCAGUCAAACGGUUCACGUCCUUAUGGAAAACCCGGAAAAGGAAACCUGAGAUGCAGCAACACACCCGAUUGGCCCACGAGGUACUGUGCACCCUAAUGGCAGAGGUCACAGCCAUUAUAAACGCACAAUCAUUCCUACCUGUGUCUUCUGACCCAGAAAACCCCUUUAUACUUUCGCCAUCAACGCUCCUUACGCAGAAGGCAGGAGCACCUCCUCCACCAGGAGACUUCUCAGACAAGGAUUUGUACACAAAGCAAUGGAGACAAGUCCAGGCUCUGGCAAAUCAGUUCUGGCCUCGCUGGAGACAAAAAUAUCUACCUUUGUUGCAACAGAGACAAAAGUGGACAGGACCCCACAGGAAUCUGGCCAACGGCCAGAAUCACUGCUACAUUCCCUAGCGAGGAUGGACAUGUCAGGAAGAUCGAAUUGAAGACUACCGACCAAGGCGAUGUGAAAAUUUACCAAGGGCCAGUUACAGAAGUUAUUCUACUUCUACCCAAUGACUGAUUAAGAGACUAAGUUUUGUACUCUGCUCAUUGUGACCUUACGAAGGUCAAGCGGGGAGUGUGCUGUCUUUACGACAGUUAUUUAGUUUAUAAUAUUUUCGCUUAGUAAUUCAUUCAAUAGUAUUUUCUAGUUAGAAUUAGAAGUGUUUAAAGUGUAUUCAUUGCAUGUAAAAUAUAUCGGCAUGCGAUGACGUCACAUCCGGUUUCGCCGCGUCUUGUGGGAAAACACCGGUUUGAAAUUAGCGCGAGGGUGGGGGCUUUCCACGAGGCUCACCUGAGCACAAGCAGUUUUGCAGGCAUGAGAAAUCACAGUGAGAGCAACGCUUUUUCACCAUAUGUUAAUGUGAAGAGUGAACAGUAAAUGGUUAAUCUUACUGCGAUCUGGUUCUUAUUAACUGUGGUUUAUCCGGACGUUAAAUUCGGCGUUCGUUACACCCGAAGGAGAACGUUACAAUCACUAUCUCCAAAAUGCUCUUCCACUGAGAGACCUGACACCUGACCAGGUUCAUUUCCCAAUACCAGAUCAAGUACAGCCUCUCCUCUUGUAGGCUUAUCUACAUAUUGUGACAGGAAACCUUCCUGAACACACCUAACAAACUCCACCCCAUCUAAACCCCUUGUUCUAGCGAGAUGCCAAUCAAUAUUGAAGAAAUCAAAAUCUCUCAUCACAACAACCUUGUUAUUAUUGCACCGUUCCAGAAUCUGUCUCCCUUUCUGCUCCUCAAUGUCCCUGUUACUAUUGGGUGGCCUAUAAGAAACUCCCAGUGGAGUUAUUGACCCCUUCCUGUUUCUAACUUCCACCCCCAGAGGCUCAGUAGAUAAUUCCUCCAAGACUUCCUCCUUAUCUGCAGCAGU